AUGGUGCGAGGACGAGUAUUAAAGUUAUCUACGUCUUUAAUAUAUCAGCAUAAGCGUUCCAAAGGUUUCAAAAGAUGGGUCACGUUUAUUGCCCUUGGGUUUGGCGUGACGGGCGUAGGAUGCUGCUACUACUACAGUGAACAUUAUUACCAUACCGAACUAUCUAAUGAAUAUUUUACCAAGUACAGGAUAUCUUAUAAGAAGGAUAUAGACGAGAGCCAUUUUUUAUUGGAAUUAACCCCUCUGAAGCCUCAGAGAACGAAUUUAUGGUCUGCAAUGGCUUCUUAUAAUUUAUGGUCCGUGGAGGUAAAACAGCCCGAUAUUAUGGUUGUUAGAAGAUACACCCCACUACCUCUAGAAGUGGAUACCGUCAAUGAUAAGCUUGAAGUAUUGAAAGAUGGAUACAAUGCUAAUGGAAAGCUAUUAUUUUACAUCAAAAACUAUGAAAAUGGUGAAGUUUCCAAAUGGUUAAGAAGGUUGCCAACAGACCGUACCAUAGAAGUGCGAGGCCCAUAUGUUGAUUAUGAAUUCCCGAGGGAUGAUCAUGAGGUUAAGCGAAGUAGGUCAUUUCUUUGGGAACAAGAUGAUUCCGGCUUUGCUGAGCGUUUCAACCAUCAGCCAUUUGAUAUUUCAAUGUUCACCGCAGGAACAGCAAUAGUAACAGCACUUCAGUUACUUCUAACAGAGGAUCCAUUUAAAGGGAAGAUUCAAUUGUUUCAUUCAUGUAAGGAUAUACAGGAACUAGGACCACUUAUAAAAUUCUUGUAUCUAUGCGAGCAAAAGAAAAGGCUACAAUUGCAUAUGUUUGAAUCGAGUAAAGGUAAUAGUAUCAGAUAUGAUGCAUCCAAGAUUGAACCCCUGAUAUCUAGGCCUUGUUCAUAUGUUGGAAGCACUCCAUUUACUUCAAUAGAAGACAGUAUCAAGCCAGUGGCAUCUCUAGUUUGUGGUCCAGACGGUUAUAUUACUACUAUCUCUGGAAUGAAAUACGAUUUAGCCCAAGGACCAAUCUGCGGAUUGCUCGGUAGCAAAGGUUGGAAUAAUUUCAACGUAUAUAAACUUUGA